AUGGAGACAGUUUUGCAGCUCUACUUUGUUUAUGUUGAUGAUGUUGUGAUAGCAAGUCCUGAUUUGAAUCAAGUUCAACAGAUCAAAAAGCACUUAGAUGAUGCCUUUCAUAUUAAAGAUUUAGGGCAUCUAAAGUUCUUCCUUGGAUUGGAGAUUGCAAGGAACAGUUCAGGGAUUUCCAUGACACAAAGAAAAUACACAUUGGAGCUUCUUGAAGAAACAGAUUUCAUACAUUGCAAGCCUGCAAAAACUCCCAUGGUUACAUCAAAAAGGUUCAGUAGAGACACUGAUGAAAAACUUGAAGAUAUAUCUCAAUAUAGAAGGCUUGUGGGAAAACUUUUGUAUCUAACUAUAACAAGACCUGACAUUAGCUAUGCUACUCAACAAUUAUCUCAAUUUCUAGAUUGUCCUACAAAUGUACAUAUGCAAGCAGCUCAUAGAAUUCUCAGGUACAUCAAAGCAGCCCCAGGACAAGGCCUUUUCUUCUCAGCAACUUCAUCUUUGCAGCUGAAAGGGUUUACUGAUUCAGAUUGGGUUGCUUGUCCAGACACCAUGAGAUCAGUUACUGGUUUUUGCAUAUUCCUUGGCAGUUCUCUGAUCACCUGGAAAUCCAAAAAGCAAGUCACAAUCUCAAGAAGUUCUUCUGAAGCUGAGUAUAGAGCUUUAGCAUCCACAUCUUGUGAAAUCUAA